AUGCAUCCUCAAAAUUUCCACGGGCUGCCUGCUCGUCCAAAUCUCCCACCCAAUCCAAUUACAAAUGCCGUCCAUAAUCCUAAUCCUAAUCCUACGCCCGUCGUGACCACUAGAACUCAAACUCAGGCCGUACCCGUACCGAACCUCUUUGCCAACCCGUACGCCCAGCAGCCGUCCCCGCAUUACGCUCAGGCGUACGCGCAGUACUACAACAAUCAGAAUCCUGCGCAGAAUAAUGCUCAAGGAUAUGCUUAUUCUGCCGCUUAUAAUCCUUCCGCUUCGAGUUCUUUCCAAAACCAAAACCAAAACCAAAACCAGGCGGUUGCGGGCCCGUCUUCUGGGUAUGGACAUAAUGCGUUUCGGAACAAUGUAGGUUCAGGUGCGGGCAGAGGAGCAAGAGGGACUGGACAACAGCAUCACCACCAACAACAGCGCCCACAACACCAACAGCAGCAGCAGACGAACUGGUUCAGUCCGGGCGGUGCGAGGUGCAAGCAUCCGGGAUGUAUGUUCGCGGGCUCGGCGAAGGCGGUGGAGAUACAUAUGAUGGAUCGACAUUUGAUUUAUCCGCCUGGGUGGGAUAAGAAGAAGAGGAGGGACGAGUGGGAUGCGGAUCCGAGUUUGAAAGGGAAACCAGUUUUCAUCCAGGGAACGAGCAUCAACCUCAACGACCCCGAGAACCUCGAGAAAUGGAUCGAAGAGCGUAAAAAACGGUGGCCUACGGCCGCGCGCGUGGAUGAGAAGAAACGCAAGUUGGACGAGGCUAUCGCGCGGGGACAGUUGCAUCCUGACGAUCCCGCACUGCGAGGACAGAAGAGACGGAGAGUGGAGGGAGAGAGCGGUGAUGGAGGCGAGCGUGGUGGAUUUCGUGGUGGGACGAGUGAUGGUGGAUGUACGAUUGGAGCAGCCAAGGUUCCACGACAUGAAGACGCCGCAAUCACACCUGCACGCAAACCCGCCCCACCACAGCCCAAAAAACCACCACGAAACCCAUUCGGGACGCAUCCUUCCCUCCUCCGUAACCUCCUACUCCCAGAAAUCCGGAUGACGGUCUCUAAUCUCUCGCAGGCGAUCCAUUUCUUGGUCACCAACGAUUUCUUGGAAAACGUAGAGCUGAAACCUGGGCAGGCGGAGGAGAAGAUGAUAGAGGUCGUCGAUGAGCAGAAGGACGAUUCGAAACAGAGAGAGUCGCUUGUUCCAGAAGAGUCGUCGGGCGAUGGUCUCAAUGCCGUCCCUCUUGUGUAG